UUUACUUUUUUUUGUUCUUUUUUUUUCCUAAAAAAGAAGUAAUCAACAUGUCGGAUUCUACUACUGCUAUUGCUCGCUCAGCACGUCUUGCUUCCGUUGCCAUGCAAUCGGUUACUAAUGAGCAGAAGAAUGAAGCUUUGUUGGCAAUCAAGAAGUUCUUAAUUGACAGACGUCAAGAGAUCUUUGAAGCCAACGAAAAAGACAAGAAGUUGGCCCAGGAGCAGGUUGCUCUUGGAAAGUUGUCUUCUUCGCUUUUUAAGCGUUUGGAUAUCUGUCAAUCCGACAAGUUCGAUACUAUUGUCUCGGGUGUAAGUGACAUUUGCCACUUGCCUGAUCCUACAAAAAGGAUCACCCUUGCUACCAAGCUUGACAAUGAUCUGUCACUUUACCGUGUGAGCGUACCUGUCGGUGUACUGCUGACAAUUUUUGAGGCUCGCCCUGAGGUUGUUGUCAACAUUUCUUGUCUGGCACUCAAAUCUGGAAAUGCUGUGAUUCUCAAAGGCGGUAAGGAAGCCCUUCACACAAAUGCUGUUUUGGCCAAGGUCAUUCAGGAUGCCCUUUCCCAUUCCAGCGUUCCCCGCGAAGCAGUUCAGAUUGUCGAGACACGUGAGGAUAUCGAUGCCUUAUUGGACCUUGACCGUUACAUUGACCUGGUUGUUCCCAGAGGAAGCAACAGUCUGGUGAAAUAUAUCCAGAACCACACCAGAAUCCCUGUCUUGGGACAUGCUGAUGGUAUCUGCUCUGUCUUUAUCGAUGAAGAGGCUGAUAUGAACAAGGCUACAAGAAUUGUAGUAGAUGCCAAGACCAAUUACCCUGCUGCUUGUAAUUCUGCUGAGACUCUUUUGGUUCACGCUUCUUGGUUGGCUUCUGGUAAAUUCACUGUACUGGCUACUGCCUUGUUGAAGGCCGGUAUCCAGUUGAGAUGCAAUCCUGACAUCCUUGCUGCCCUUGAUGGUCUUAAGGCUGAGUUCGGCGCCCAGAUUCAGGCUGCCACACCUGAAGACUUUGACACCGAAUUCUUAGAUACCAUUUUGGCUGUCAAGUCUGUCAAGGAUGUCCAUGAAGCCAUUGCCCACAUCAAUGAUCAUGGCUCAAAGCACACUGACUGUAUUGUAACCGAGAACAAACCUAGAGCUGAGUUGUUCAUGACACAGGUUGACGCUGCUGGGUGUUACUGGAAUGCAAGCACUCGCUUUGCUGAUGGUUUCCGUUAUGGUUUUGGAGCCGAAGUUGGUGUCUCUACCAACAAGACUCAUGCCCGUGGCCCCGUAGGUCUGGAAGGUUUGGUGAUAUACAAGUACCGUGUCCAUGGUAAUGGUAAUGUUGCUGGUGAAUAUGGUACUGGCCAGAAGCAGUAUCUUCAUACUCCCAUUUCUCCUGAAAACUACGAAAUCUAAAACAGUAAAUCCUUAAGCGCUAUAUAUUUUCUGAUUCUCCUGUAACCUUAUAUAUAUUGGAAAAUUAGUAUUAUGCUUGCUUUUAUUUUAUUUUUCAAUUUCAUUUGAUAUAUAUAUAUAAAUAUAAAUUUGUAAAAAAAAUGAAUUGAAUUG